AUGGAUGACGCGGCUCGUGGCGGAGCCGGAGCGCCAGCAGGGUCUCUGAACAGCCCCGCGAGCAGUUCUGCUGCUUCUGUGGUGAGCUGUCCAGACACUGCAGCGAACGCAAACGAUCUCAGGACAGACUGCAAGUGCACCACGAUGCCUACAAAUAGUAUCACCUCUUGCGGGCCCAGCGGCAUGCAUUCGGGGUGUACGUACACGAGCCCCACUGCUCCUCCUUCCACCCUUCCCCUGGCGGUUCUUGCUGAUGCUCCCUGCUUCCCUUACGAGAGGCAGCAGCAGCAGCAGCAUCAUCAUCAGCAGCAGCAGCAGGUACUGGAAGGGAGAGGCGCUCAUGAUGAGGACUGGCCGCAUACAAGGACCCCUACAGUCGCCGAGAUUCGCCCCCUUCCCCUCGUUGUCUCCCGUUCUUUGUCUUUGUCUCUGCUGGCGGCUCUGAACCCUCCCGAGGAGGCUGGCAGCAGCAGAAGUGAUAGAGCCAGCAGCAGUCAUCUCGAUAGCAAGAACAGCAGCAGCAGCAGCAGCAGCCUGUCGCUUACUGCUGCUGAGCGGGCUGCUGCCUUCAGCCUGCGGCGUUGCAGCAGCGGCGGAGCUGCUCCCAACCACGUAGCUGCAGUGCGGCACAGCAGCUGCACCUUUAGAGGGAGGAUAGCGCGAGGAGAAGAGACCCGUCUGGGGCUUUGCUACACCCAACAUGCUGCAGAGUGCGGGGUGUACAGACAGCAGACAGGCAACAGCAGCGGUGCAUGCAGCAGCCGCAGCAACGCAUGCAGCAGCUGCAGUAACGCAGCCAGCAACCGCAGCAAUACAUGCAGCGACAGCAGCAACAAACACGCGCCCCCAUGGGCAUCAGAGAGACAGUUUUGCUUCUCAGGUGUAACUACCCGGAGCCUAUGGAGCACCCGUAUGUGUGCAUGCAGACCGAGCCCCGUUCUGACAGCCGAUCGCAACUGCAGCAGCAGCUGCAGCAGAAACAGUAGCAGCAGCAACAGCAGCAGCAGCAACAGCAACAGUAGAAGGAACGGAACCAGCAACGUAGCAGGAACCUUGAACCCAGAAACUGCAGGCACAGCGGGGCUGCCGCCCCCCCAGGAGGCGUUUGGCGGCCGCUGCCGCAGCAGCCGGAGCAGCCGUUGCCGCAGCAGCCGGAGCAGCCGUCGCAGCAGCAGCAGCAGCAGCUGCAGCAGCAACAGCAAAGACAGUUGCGGUAGCAGCAACAGCAGCCUAUGGGAGGGAGAGAUGCGUGACGGAGACACAGGAGAGGCAAACCAACUCCCCACAGAUUUCGACGACCCGCUGCAGCGGCUGCAGACGCUGCAGCUGCAGCACCAGCCACGUUCUCCGCUGCUGCUGCUGCGCUGCAGCAGCUCGCAGGAGACAGACAUGCUGCAGCAAAACGGCGGAGACACCUGCCCUAUGCUGCCGGACCCGCUUCCUCCUACCAGUGACGCUGUCUCUGUUGCUGCUGCAUCCGAACCCAUCGGCUCUGCUUCUGCUGCUGCUGCUGCUACUCCUGUUCCCAUCCCCGCAAGCGUUGGAAGUUACUAUGGGUUUACUCUGGGGGCGGAGGUGCGGGCGCGAGUAGCAGCAUAUGAAGAGAAGACAGCAUCGCAGCGGAAGCGACAGACGAAGCUGUGGGAAGCGUACCUGGCUAACAACCCCUCCUUCGAGGACCGGCGGCCGCUGAAGCGGCUCGUCCGUCGCGGCAUCCCCGACCAUCUCAGAGGAAAGGUCUGGGCUUCUUUCCUGGGGGCUGAUGCGCUGCUUAACUCGGACCCGGAGGCGUUUGAGCGCGGGGGCAUCUGCGCGUUGCGGCGGGUGCUGCGGGGGUUUGCUGCUGCACGCCCUGGGGUUGGGUACUGCCAGGGCUUGAAUUUCCUCGCCGGCACUCUUUUGCUGUUUCAAGAGCAAGAGCUCGCACUCGCUUCGCUGCUGCAGCUCGUCGUCUCUAAUGAUAAAAACAAAGGACUUCAGAUUGGGCGUUAUUACUCCAAUGGAAUGGCAGAUCUGCGGAGAGACCUAAAAGUGCUGGAGCUCCUCAUCAGACAGAAGUCCCCGCGGGUCUUUCAAGUCCUCAAGAAGACGGGCGUAGAGGUGGAGUGGGUGGCGGCGGAGUGGUUUUUGUGUCUAUUUGCGACUUCGUGUCCGCUAGCGAAGAUGCAAUCCCUGGAGCAGGUGAUGGGGUCACUCAAGGCCAAGCUGGCUCUGCUGGUAGAGCACAACGAGUUGCUGCGGCUUUGCUUCCACAAGCUGCGGAGCUUCCCGCGACGCAAACUGCAAAAGAUGCAGGAGACGGUUGCAGCGGGGCUCGUAGACCCCACGCGGUACUCUAGAGUGCAGCAGCACCAACAGCAGCAGGAUGAAGAGCAGCAAGAUCAGCAGCAGCAGCAGCAGCAGCAGCAGCAGCAGCAGGGGCCUUUACAAGAUUCGCGACGCCGGCGGUUGCUGCCGUUCCUGCGGAGCAACAAACACCCGCCUGCAUGCGAGGUGGUACAACCCCACCUCCAGCCCCAAUCUACUGCACAGCUUCAGUUUACUUGGCGAGAGAAACUCUCACGAGUCAGCCGGGGCUUUCCACUUUCGUCGAUGCUCACUUCAGUUGUGGGGGUAUUUGAAUACGGAGGAGGCGUCACUGCUACGGGCAUAUACAGCUAG